GCAAAGGAAAAAGACAAAGAAAUUGGUUUAAAUGAAAAAAUCACAUCUUUGGAAUUGGAAAAACAAAAGGCAAACGAAAAAGAGAUUGAUUUAAAUGAAACAAUCAAAUCUUUAAAGGAAGAAUUGAAAAUUCAAAAGGAGAUAUCUGAGAAAGAAAUUAAAAAUUUACAAAUUGAAACUAAGAAAAAUUUAGAUAUUAAAGAUAAAUCUAAUGAUACAAGCACCAAUAUAGAGUUAGAAUAUUCUGAUAGUAAAUGUUUAAGAUUAAGUAAUGCCAUAGAAAGUGUCAAAGAAAAAUUAGCCAAGGCAGAAGCUCAUAUAUCAAGUAGUGAAAAAGAAAAAACAGAUUUACGUGAUAAUAUCAAUAGAUUAAAUGAAAAAUUGAAAGAAGAACGUGAAGGUCAUGAAAAACUAGUCAUGAGUUGGGUUGAAGAGCAAAAAAAUAAUAAAAAUAACAAUUAUUAA